CCGCGCUCCACGCGUUCCUCGCCGCGGGCAUGGCAGCCGAGGCGCUCCACGUGCUCGCGCGCGUCCGCAUCUCCGGGAAUACGCCCAGCCUCUCCGCGCUGGCGGCAUUGCUGCGCCUUCUAUUCUGCAGCGGGGAGGUCCGCGCUGCCUGGAACGUGUUCGAGGAAAUGGCUACGAGGGGGCCACGCCCGAGCCUCGCCAUCUUCAACGCCAUGAUCCUCGGGUUGUGCCACAGGGGAAUGCUGCGCGCUGGCUCGGGGCUGCUUGGGGUCAUGGAAAAGAAGUUCGGUAUCAUCCCGGACGUUGUCAGCUAUAACAUCCUCAUCAAGGGGCACUGUGUGUUUGGGUGGUCAGGGGAUGCCUUCAAACUGUUUAAGGAAAUGUGCAGUUCAGGAUGUGAACCGACGGUCGUGAUGUAUAACAUACUGGUGGAUGUUCUGUGCCAUGAGGGGAGGAUGGUGGAAGCGAGGAGGCUGUUCGAUGAGAUGGCACAGGUAGGGAUCAAAGAAAAUACAAUAACCUUCAAUGUCUUGAUCGAUGGAUAUGCAAAGACCGGACGGAUGGAUGAGGCCAGAGCGGCCUAUAGGGAGAUGAAAGUGAGGGGGUUAGUGCCAGAUUCCUGCACCUUCAACAUCCUUGCUGCUGGAGCGUACAAGUUUGGGCAUGCUGCCCAGUCAAUCCAUGAUCAUGAAAUAUUUGGUUCACAGUUGCCGGCUGAUAGUUUGGAUGUGUUGGUCUGUAGGCUUUGUUGGGAUGGCCGGUUGGAUGAUGCCUGGGAACUUCUGCGCGGUGCUAUUGAGCAGGGUGUUCCAGUUAGUGUUGCUGGAUUUAAUGCAUUGAUAGCUGCUUAUAGCAAGGAGGGACUCCAUGAAGUAGCUUUUGAACUAUACAGAAUUAUGAAGAAGUUAGGGCUGGCGCCGUCAACACAUACUUUUAAUUACUUGAUAAUGGGGCUGUGCAAUCAAGGAAGGCUUGAUGAGGCGCAGCUAAUUUUAGAACACAUGGUUAGCAAGGGAUACUGUCUAAGGACAUCAUUUACUAUCUACUUGGUUACUAUCUACUUGGACGCAUCCUUCAGAGAGGGCGACGCAGUCCGUGCUUUGAAAUGUUGGGAUGAUAUGGAAAAAAUUGGUCUGCAGCCUGAUUUUAUUGCCUUCUCAGCAUAUGUCAAUGGCCUAUGCCGAUUAGAUUAUGUGAAUGAGGCGUAUCAGGCAUUUGCUGAGAUGACAACAAGAGGACUUGAACCGAACAAUAUUACUUACAACUCCAUCAUAUCUGCAUUUUGCCGGGCAGGCAAUAUGUCUGAAGCUUUGAAAUUACAGCAGAAUAUGAGGCAGAGUGGCCUUGUUCCUGAUGUUUACACAAGAAACAUUCUAAUCGACGGUUUGUGCAGACAAGGAAACUUGAAGAUGGUGGACAGCCUUUUAUUGGACAUGUGCAGUAAUGGUCUAAUCCCAGACACAGUGACAUACAAUACUAUAAUCAAUGCGUAUUGCAGGUCUCAGGAUAUGAAUGGUGCUAUGAAUUUCAUGAAUAAGAUGUUUGCAGCUGGUUGUGAACCAGAUAUUUUCACAUAUAAUAUUUGGAUGCAUAGCCUCUGCAGCAACCAUAUGUUGAACCAAGCAGGGAAGGUGUUAGAUGAGCUUGUUACUAGGGGCUGUCCUCCUAAUUCAGUUACAUACAAUACAUUUAUGGAUGGCAUUUGCAGUGAUGUUCUUAAUCGAGCUAUGAUACUGACUGGCAGGCUGAUUAAGAUGGCUUUUCAACCAAACACUAUCACACUUAAUGUUUUCCUUUCUCAUUUCUGCAAGCAAGGAUUUGGAAAGAGAGCCCUUAUGUGGGCUGAGAAGCUUAGGGAAGAUUCUUUUGUUUUUGAUGAUGAUACUAGAAAUAUAAUUGACUGGGCACAAAGGGAAAUGGAGAAGGAUCCCCAGGUUAAUAAUGAGGACACAGAUAGGUGCCUGUUUCUCGAGUUCUUGAUGUUCAUGACAUAUGAGACUAUGCACAACAACAGAUCCUCAGAGGCUAGACAUGUGCUCGCAGAUAAAGGUUUUGAUCCUGGUAGCAGCAACAUGAUCAAAAUUUUGGAUACUGGUUGAUAAAUGAAUUUUAUAACCACAUCAGGUUCUAUCACAGAUGCACUUACAAGAACGACAUGAUCAGUGCCCAGCCACAAUGCAAGUCCAACAGAAGGACACCAGCGAUCUACCAUUGUUUUCUGUCAGUUGCUUCAACCAUCACACCUGCAGCACCAGCUCAAAUCCCAUUGGCAGCACUAGAGAUAAUGUGGCGCAAUAAUUCUCAAGGAAGGCAGUAUCAAUCUGCUUUAGCCUACAAGUAACUCGAGAACAUAAAUUCUUUCAGAGCCAGUCAUCAACCAGAGAGAAGCCCCUAUGCAAGCGAGUUUCAGUGGACAGUCGCAUCGACUCCUACAAGUGACAGUUAACUGGUUAUGAUGGAGGUUGACGGUUUUUGAGCAGUAAGCAGUCGUCCAGCAGCAGGGGUGCUCUGCUGAUAACAUUGUUGCUGGUCAGUCAAUCGAGAUGCAUCAAGUACUUGCAUUUCUUGUGAUAAUUUUCGAGGAGGAAGAAGCAUAUAUGAUGGGACGCUCUUGGUGCCUGUUGAAGUGCCGAGUGGAGUUUGUACCUGCCGGAGUGGGAGGCGACAUUCAUGUCUCUGGCCUCAACUAGUGGGACCCAGGACCCAGGACCCAACCUACUGAUCCCCAUUGAGCGAUAGAGUGAUUGCCUGAGUUGCUUCUUUACAUUCGCAUUCAUGCCACAUUUGUGCUGAAUGACGUGAAGAAAGGGAUUGGAGUUCCUUAAUAGAGCAAAAAGAAUGUGUACUUAAGGCAGCGCACAAUUAUUUUGUUGUACAGACAAUUUGUCGAAAGCAUGGCAGCAGAUUUGCCUGGUCAUUCUUAUAGUACCCAACUAAUGUUAGUCUGUUACGUAGAUUUUAUCCAUACUUUACUUUUUCUCUCUUGAGAUAUGCUAGUAUACAAUUUUCAAAAACAGUUUGGCUUUGGUAUGCCUCGAGGUAUGUAUGUUUCUUCUAUGUGUGGUGUUGGAAUGUGUGAAUCAAUACUAAGUAUAGUUUUAGUAGUUUAA